UUACUAAAUACUACAUAUCCCAGAAGUCUCAGUUGACGCUUGUAAUCACGUGAGUUUGUAUAAAACGCGAACACGUGAAUUUGUUAGUUGCAUGUUGCUUUCAUCUUGAAGGUGAAGCGUCCCACUGUUGGCUCCAGUCCCUUUACAAUCUGAAGAUGUCGGCGCUGUCUGCUGCCAGCAUGGAGCCUGCUGCUGUGACUGAUGGCACAGAGCAGAAGAAACCACUGAAACCUUGCUGCGCUUGUCCAGAGACAAAGAAAGUCAGGGAUGCUUGCAUCAUUGAAAAGGGAGAGGAAAACUGCACACACCUAAUUGAAGCACACAAAGAUUGCAUGAGGGCGCUUGGGUUUAAGAUUUAACUACUCCAUUUUGUGUGUGUGUGUGUUGCUGUGAAAUUGGAAGAUGACUCUGGACAUUCCCUUCUUUCUCCUUUAUUUAUACCUCAACUGGAAGGGAAAUGUGAACACUUUUUUUUAAAAAAAAUUGAGAAUAUAUAUCUAAAAUGCUGUCUAAAUUUGAAUAAAGUCCUAUGCAAUAA